AACAGUGGAGCACCUCUUUGUGUUGCCUUUCCACCUCUCUGUAGCAAGAGUAACAACUUCAGCACUUCUUCAAUAAUAAUUAUGAAACUGGUAUUAACUGAAUGGCAAUUAUGGAUUUUUAACUCUAACUCACAGUAAACCAGCAAGCCAUAUGUUGAAAUUUCUACCAAAUAGCUUUUCGUUCUUAAUGUCUCAAAUCUAUACAAGAAAUUGCAAGAUACCUGUUUGUACAAGAGGAAUAUAAGCAUUACUUGCCAGAGGAGGCGAAGCUGAAAGAGAAGACACCCUAACUUGUUCGUGGAGUUAUGGUAGUAUUAUUUAUAUAGAUAUAACAAAUAUAUAUAUAUUUUUUAUGGUAAUGAAAAUGGCUCCCCAGAAUGCUGACUCGGAAUCUAUGCAAGUUCAAGAUCUACCUGUGGCACAGCUUCAGAAACCAGAAAACAAGGAGAACGAAAGCAGGGAGGAGACCAUUAGCGAAGGAUCCAUAGACCGGAUACCAAUACGCCUGUGGGUGAUGCAUGGUGCCGUAAUGUUUGGCAGGGAGUUUUGCUAUGCCAUGGAGACAGCUUUGGUAACGCCCGUAUUGUUACAAAUUGGUCUUCCUGAACAAUACUACAGUCUCACUUGGUUCCUUAGCCCCAUCCUGGGCUUGAUCUUCACUCCGCUUAUAGGUUCGGCUAGCGACCGCUGCACACUGAGCUGGGGCCGCCGGCGGCCUUUUAUUCUUGCUCUCUGCAUUGGCGUCCUCUUUGGAGUUGCACUUUUCCUUAAUGGCUCUAUUAUAGGUCUGGCUAUUGGUGAUGUCCCGGACAAGCAGCCCAUUGGUAUAGUUCUCACGGUGCUUGGUGUUGUGGUGUUGGACUUCUGCGCUGAUGCGACAGAAGGGCCAAUUCGGGCCUACCUGUUGGAUGUGGUGGACAGUGAAGAGCAAGACAUGGCCCUUAACAUCCAUGCGUUUUCAGCUGGUCUCGGAGGAGCAAUCGGUUAUGUGUUAGGAGGGCUGGACUGGACACAGACUUUCUUGGGUAGUAUUUUUAAAUCUCAAGAGCAAGUCCUUUUCUUCUUUGCAGCCAUUAUUUUCUCUGUCUCCGUUGCGCUCCACCUUUUUAGCAUUGAAGAAGAGCAGUAUAACCCACAGCAGGACAGGAUUGAUGACGAAGGGGACACACUUUCCAGUGUCAAAUUUAGUGGUAGCCUCCCCCCUCUGAAUCGACUGAAUGUAAUUAGUGAGGAAGAGCCAUAUGGAACCUCUAUGUUCCAUGAUGAGGUUCAGUCAGAGCAUGAUCUCAGUAUGGAAUUCCUGGAGGUGAACAUUGUAAGAAGUAAGAGUGACUCGGUUCUGCACAUGCCCGAUGCUACCUUGGAAAUUGAAUCAGAACUGCUUUUUCUGCAUGACAUCGAACCCUCCAUUUUUCAGGAUGCUUCAUAUCCAAACACUCCCCACAAUACCAGCCAAGAGAUCAUGAAGUCCAAACUCAACCACCUGUCUGCUUUCCUCAGGGACAAUGAGAAAGAGGAGGAAAUGUUGCUUGAUAAUCGCUUAAAUGAAGAUAAAAUCCCAAACAUCAAUGGCUCCCUACCAAAAGAGUUUCUCAACGGACAUGCUAGAAUAGGCAUGAAGCAAUCUAGUACUUCGAACUCCAUGCGAAGGCGGAGGCACAUGUUCUACCGUCAGCUGUCUUACACCUUCUCGUACUAUGGCAAAAUAGGCUCUCACCGCUAUCGCUUUCGUCGGGCCAAUGCCAUCGUCUUGAUAAAGUCCUCGCGCAGCAUGAAUGACAUCUACGACAUGCAGAAGCGGCAGCGACAGAGGUACAGGCACAGGAAUCAGAGCGGCACAACAAACUCAAGUGGAGACACGGAGAGUGAAGAGGGGGAAACUGAAACCACGGUCAGACUCUUGUGGUUGUCGAUGCUGAAGAUGCCAAAGGAGCUGCUGCGACUGUGUGUCUGUCACCUCUUGACCUGGUUUUCAGUCAUCGCUGAAGCUGUGUUCUAUACAGAUUUCAUGGGCCAGGUCAUCUUCCAGGGCGACCCAAAG